AUGUCGUACAAUCGCCUGGGAGAGUCUUAUGGGGAGGACGACCAUAGUCACUCUCCCAUGAUGAACCCCCACCAAACGAACAAUCGGUCUCCGUCACCGGGUCGGCCAUUGAAUGCCUACCAGCUCUCAGAUGUUUCUUACGGGCCACAGGAGCGCCUUCAUAUGCCUUCGAGUGAUUUACUGGCCGAGCAACCAACGUAUUCAGUGGAGAGAUUGCCUAACUCUUACGGUCAUAACGAAGCCUACGAACAGCACCACCAGCAGUCUUACCCCGGAUACGAGUAUGCAGUGGAUCCCGAGGCACAUCACGACGCCUAUUAUACUCAACCUUACCAACCUACAGUCACGCCACAUGAUGAUUAUGACUUAGGACAAUACCCCGAACACCAGCACCAGCACUCUUAUAGCGAUGAUCGCAUUCCCAUGCUACAACAGGACAAUCCAUUCGGACCCGAUCCCUACAGCGAUGAAUACCAAGUGGAAGAGCAGGCGGACGGCCACACCCCUAGCCCGGCACCCAUCCGACGGUGGAAAACGGUCAAAGAAGUGCAAUUAUUCAAUGGUAAUCUUGUUCUAGAUUGCCCGAUCGCACCCAAACUUCUUAACCAGGUUCCUCAUGCUGAGCCUCCGGGCCGUGACGAGUUCACACAUAUGCGUUAUUCCGCCGCAACAUGCGACCCCAACGACUUCUUUGAGGAGCGCUUCACAUUGCGCCAGAAACUGUUCGCCAAGCCCCGUCAUACCGAACUCUUCAUCGUGGUAACGAUGUAUAAUGAGGAUGACUUUCUUUUCGCGCGAACGUUGAUUGGUGUAUUCAAGAACAUUGAACAUAUGUGCUCGAGGACGCAUAGCAAGACCUGGGGCAAAGACGCAUGGAAGAAGAUCGUGGUCUGUGUAAUCAGCGAUGGUCGUGCGAAAAUCAACCCGCGAACCCGUGCAGUGUUGGCCGCUUUGGGAGUAUACCAGGACGGAAUUGCUAAGCAACAAGUCAACGGCAAGGACGUGACAGCGCACAUCUACGAAUACACCACUCAGAUAGCUCUCGAGCUGAAGGGAACCCAGGUCCAAAUCAAGGGACGCUCGGCAGUGCCCGUUCAGAUGAUUUUCUGUCUGAAGGAAAAGAAUCAGAAGAAGAUCAACUCCCACCGCUGGUUCUUCCAGGCAUUUGGUCGAGUACUGGACCCCAACAUUUGUGUCCUGCUGGAUGCUGGAACGAAGCCCGGCAAGGACUCCAUCUAUCGUCUCUGGAAGGCAUUCGAUGUGGAGCCGAUGUGUGGAGGGGCUUGUGGUGAAAUCAAAGUCAUGCUCUCGCACGGAAAGAAACUGCUCAACCCCCUGGUUGCUGGUCAGAACUUCGAGUAUAAGCUGAGCAAUAUCCUCGACAAACCUAUGGAGUCGGCCUUUGGGUUCAUUAGUGUGCUUCCUGGUGCAUUUUCUGCGUACCGGUUUGUCGCAUUACAGAAUGAUAAGAACGGCCAAGGUCCGUUGGAGCGGUAUUUCCUCGGUGAAAAGAUGCAUGGCGCCAAUGCCGGUAUUUUCACGGCCAAUAUGUACCUAGCUGAGGAUCGUAUUCUGUGUUUCGAAAUCGUCACCAAGCGUAACUGUCGCUGGCUACUGCAAUAUGUGAAGUCUUCUACUGGCGAGACCGAUGUUCCGGAUCAGAUGGCGGAGUUCAUUCUUCAGCGCCGUCGGUGGCUGAACGGCAGUUUCUUCGCUGCGGUAUAUGCAAUCGCCCAUUUCUAUCAGAUCUGGAGAAGCGACCAUUCCGCUAUUCGGAAAUUCGCGUUGCUCAUCGAGUUUUUCUAUCAGACCAUCAACAUGCUGUUCGCUUGGUUUGGCAUUGGUAAUUUCUUCUUGGUUUUCCACAUUCUCACGACAUAUCUCGGUCAGAAAGACCUCCUCGGCACCACCGGUAAAGUGCUUGGUGUGGUUUUCGAGUGGCUUUACCUCGCAACAUUGGUAACGUGCUUCGUCCUGGCCUUGGGCAAUCGCCCGGGCGGAUCCAAUAAGUUCUACAUGACCAUGGUCUAUUUCUGGAUUGGUAUUAUGAUUUACUUAGCAUUUGCUUGCAUUUUUGUCACGGUGAAAUCUAUCCAGACGGAGGUGCAGCAGGAUGGCUUUACCUUCACGGAUCUGUUCACCAACUCGACGUUCUUCACGAUCAUUGUGUCCUUGGGCUCAACGUAUGUCAUGUGGUUUGUCGCAUCGAUUAUCUUCCUUGAUCCCUGGCAUAUGUUCACCAGCUUCAUCCAAUAUAUCUUGCUCACUCCGACGUAUAUCAACGUGUUGAAUAUUUAUGCGUUUUGCAAUACUCACGAUAUCACAUGGGGUACCAAGGGUGACGACAAGGCGGAAAAGCUGCCCUCCGCGAACCUGAAGCCUGGCGGCAAGGUGGACGUCGACAUUCCGCAGGAUGAUGGCGAUCUGAACGCCCAAUACGACACGGAGUUGGCCAAAUUUGCCGAAAAGCCACCCAAGGAAGUACAGGUCAUCUCGGAAGAAGAACGACAGGCCGAUUACUACAAGGGAUUCCGAAGUGCGGUCGUGCUGGCAUGGGUGUUUUGCAACUUCGCUCUGGGGGCCGUCGUGCUCAGCGCAGCCGGCUUGGACCGUUUCGAUCAGAGUGAGAAGACCAGUGAAGAUUCGAACAAGCGAUCCACAAUCUACAUGGCGGUCGUCCUCUGGAGUGUUGCGGGAUUGUCUAUCUUCAAGUUUAUCGGAGCGCUGUGGUACUUGGUUGUGCGAAUGUUCCGUGGUGUUUAA